AUGACGACAGUACGGGUCUCAGUGUUGUCAUUGUCGCGGAGAGCGCUCCCAGUCGCUCGGCCAUGGUCCCAAUUAAAGACAUACUGCAGAUCCAGUGUGCCGCUGUUGCCUCGGACGGAUAUUAAGAAAUUUGCUCGAUACUCAACAGCUACGGCGGAGCAACUGGCGCGAAUGCCGACAAUCGACCGUGCUGCAUCGAAACUUUUCAGAAAUGCGGAUGAUGCUGUAGCUGACCUUAAAAGCGGAUCUACCAUCCUUAGCUCGGGGUUUGGACUUUGUGGUGUUGCAGAAACUAUUAUAUCUGCUAUUCAUCGCCGGGGGCCAAAGGACUUGCAUUCCCUGACCGCAGUUUCGAACAAUGCUGGCGCCCCAGGGAAAGGAGGCCUUUCUACACUGACCCAAGCUGGCCAGGUAAAUAGAUUGAUAUUGUCUUACCUCGGAAACAACAAAGCCUUGGAGAAGAAAUACUUGACGGGGGAUAUUGCUAUCGAACUGUGCCCCCAAGGAACGUUGGCGGAGCGGCUACGUGCGGGGGGCGCAGGAAUACCUGCGUUUUUCACUCCUACAGGAGCUCACACAUUCCUUCAGGAGGGACAGAUCCCCGUUCGUCUGGACAAAUCCGGUAAAGUUCUGGAGCAUGGCAAGCCUCGCGAGACGAGGAUUUUCAAUGGGAAGACUUAUUUAAUGGAAAGUGCCCUCACUGGUGAUGUUGCUAUCCUUCGAGCAUGGAAGGCAGACGAGGCUGGAAAUUGUGUUUUCCGUUACACUACCAAGGCAUUUAGCCCCCUAGUGGCAAAAGCAGCCACUCUUACAAUUGUCGAGGCAGAGAAAAUUGUCCCUGUUGGCUCUAUAGACCCCAAUGAUGUAGACUUGCCGGGAAUAUUUGUGGAUAGGAUUGUUCCCGCCACAACCCCGAAGUCUAUUGAACUCAAAAAGCUGCGGUCAGCCGAUGACGCUGAUACUAUGCAACUGACCAAGGACGCUGCCAUGAUGCAAAGAAAUCGAAUUGCUAAGCGGGCGGCGAAAGAGCUUAAGCAGGGAUAUUACGUCAACUUAGGCGUUGGAAUUCCUACACUGGCUCCAUCCUUUUUGCCAGAAGGUGUCAAGGUCUGGGUACAGUCCGAGAAUGGGCUUCUGGGCAUGGGCCCAUAUCCCACAGAAGACGAAGUUGAUCCAGAUAUCAUAAAUGCUGGGAAAGAAACCGUUACCCUGGUUCCCGGCGCUGCAACCUUUGACAGUAGCGAGUCAUUUGGGAUGAUUCGGGGCGGGCAUGUAGAUGUUUCCAUUUUAGGGGCUCUGCAAGUCAGCGCAAAGGGCGACUUAGCGAAUUACAUGAUUCCUGGGAAGGUCUUUAAGGGUAUGGGAGGAGCCAUGGAUCUGAUCUCUAACCCUGACCGAACGAAGAUCGUGGUAGCUACCAGUCAUACGGCCAAGGAUGGAUCCCCGAAAAUUGUGUCAGAAUGCGAGCUGCCUUUGACCGGUGCGAAUUGCGUGAGCACAAUUAUAACGGAUUUGUGCGUCUUCCAGGUCGACCGGGACAAUGGAGAACUAUUAUUGACAGAGCUUGCUCCUGGUGUCGAGAUCGAGGAAGUCCAGAGCAAGACGGGGGCGACGUUCACCGUCGCAAAGCAACUGGAGCUCAUGGAGUGA